AUGGCAUCUAUCGAGACACGAUCGGGAACUCUCCAUGAUGGGGACAACCCAAUCGCCACUCAUCCUUUCGACAACAUUGAAGACAAACCGUUGCACGUUUCUGAAGAUGCACCGGAUGGUGGCCGUCGAGCAUGGCUUGUUGCUGCCGGCGCUGCCUUCAUCACCUUUGCCUCCCUUGGAUACUCUAAUUCGGUGGGCGUGUUUCAGGAGUAUUACCUGAGCCAUCAGCUCAAGGGUCAAUCGCCAGAUGAUGUCGCAUGGAUCGGAUCUGUUGCGGCAUUUCUCCAGUUCACAGUCGGUGCUGUUGCAGGGCCAAUGUUCGACCGUUACGGUGCCUGGAUCAUCCGACCAGCUGCAGUCCUCCUUAUCUUCUCCGUUAUGAUGACAAGUCUUUGCGAAAACUAUUGGCAGUUCAUGCUCGCCCAAGGUGUGCUAAAUGGGCUAGUAAUAGGGCUGCUUCUCAUCCCAGCGAUGGCAGCAGUGUCCCAAUACUUCGACAAGAGAAGAGCGGCAGCCUUGGGCCUGACAGUGUCUGGCUCAUCCGUGGGCGGCGUUGUGUUCCCUAUUGCCCUGUCGAAAAUGCUAAACGGGUCUACCUUGGGCUUUGGAUGGUCUGUGCGCAUUGCUGGCUUUCUUAUGGUGCCCUGCCUGGCGUUCUCUUGUCUUACAGUCCAGGCCCGCCGGCCACCGAGGAAGACAAAGUUUUUUAUCGGAGAAGCCUUCAAGAAAGCGACCUACCUUCUUUUAGUCCUUUCGUGUUUCUUCGUUUUCUUGGGGAUGUUCACCCCGAUUUUCUACCUUGCAGUGUACGCAGUCCAAAAAGGCAUGGAUGCAACCCUUGCUUCAUAUUUGCUCGCCAUUCUGAAUGGCGCCUCUACAUUUGGUCGCAUUAUCCCAGGGAUCCUGGCUGACAAGUUUGGGCGGCUAAAUAUCUUUGGACUGGGAGGAGUCAUAACCGGGAUCAUCAUCUUAUGCUGGACUACAGCGGAAAGUACUGCAGGAUUGGUGGUUUAUGCCGUUUUCUUCGGGUUUUGGAGCGGCACAAUCAUCUCUGGAGCCGCUGCAGCUUUCAGCGUGUGUGUGGAGGAUACUAGAGACCUCGGUACGUACAUGGGCAUGGGACUCGGAGUGGGAGCAAUCGCUAUCUUGAUUGGGCCUCCUAUCAAUGGCGCACUCGUCGAGAGGUACGGAGGAUUUCUUCAAGUGUCUAUCUUCAGCGGCGUUACGUGCAUCGCAGGCGGCUUCACCGCCCUGGCAAGCAAGUUUGCGACUCCCCAGGGUGUUUUCGGGAAUGUGUGA